AUUUCCUCUUCAAGUUCCUGGUGAUAGGAAGUGCUGGUACUGGGAAGUCCUGUCUCCUGCACCAGUUUAUAGAGAAUAAAUUCAAGCAGGAUUCCAACCACACGAUUGGAGUGGAGUUUGGGUCGAAGGUGGUUAACGUCGGUGGGAAAACGGUGAAACUGCAGAUCUGGGAUACGGCGGGACAAGAACGGUUUAGGUCGGUGACUCGGAGCUACUACCGCGGUGCAGCCGGGGCCCUGCUGGUGUACGACAUUACUAGCCGGGAGACUUACAACGCGCUGACUAACUGGCUGACGGACGCCCGGACCCUCGCCAGUCCCAGCAUCGUUAUCAUCCUCUGCGGGAACAAGAAGGACCUGGAUGCGGACCGGGAAGUGACCUUCCUGGAAGCCUCCCGCUUUGCACAAGAGAACGAACUCAUGUUCCUGGAGACCAGCGCGCUGACGGGGGAGAACGUGGAAGAAGCUUUCUUAAAAUGUGCCAGGACCAUACUAAACAAAAUUGAAUCAGGUGAGCUGGACCCCGAGAGGAUGGGCUCAGGCAUCCAGUAUGGAGACACCUCCUUGCGCCACCUGCGCCAGCCCCGCGGGGCCCAAACACAGAGCAAGCAGCCGUGCGGCUGCUAAGUGCGACGGCACCAGGAGUCUGUCUGCAACGCUGUACCUUGGCCAGUCGGGCCCCCCGGGGCUGAAGCACUUUCUCUUCUCUUCCCAGGACCACGUGCCUCGCUCGCUGAGCCCCUGCUUCCCGAGCCGCCCGCCCCUGGGCCUCUGGCAAACUGCCCGUUUGAUCGUAUGCAGCCACGGUGUCUUCUGUGGGCCGCUCCCUGCCUGCUGCUUGUCCCCCUGAGCCUGGCGCGGGCCCGGCUCAAUAACUCAGAAGUAACGGGGCCCCGGCCAGCUGCCCGGAGCGAAUUGCUGCUCUGGGUAGGAGAGUUAACGCCAGGGCGAGGGGGGAGCGGGUUCUCCUUGGGAGAUGGUUCGUUUGGGGUUGUCUCCUGCUGCUCGGAGCUAGGCAGGUGGGGGAGCUCGGGAGCGGUUCCCUGCAGCGUGCGGCCGGCUGGGCGGGGAUUUCUGUUACACUGGUUUUGCUUCUGAAGCCGGGGUCUGGCUCCGCCGGGCUCCGCCUCGUCUCGCUGCUUUUCCCCCAGCCAGCCAUUGUGCUCCCAAGCACUGUGCUUGCGAACUCCGCCCUGCCCGGGGCGGCGUGACGGCGGGACUGGGCUGGGCGGCUGGCGCGGCCCCUUUGAAAUACUGUAACUUAAUACUGGACCAUUGGUGGCUGGGGUCACUCCUGUCUCCAGGACUCUGACCUGGCUGGGAGCUGCUCUCGAAUGGUUUAGUCUCGUGCAAUGCCCGUGGCAGGAGCCCCCCUCGGGCUCGUGCGCCGAAUCCCUUGGGCGGGCGCUGGGAUCUGAGUUUUAAAACCCCCUGGCAGAUGUAACAGCACAUCCGCAUCUCAAACCAAGCCACCUACCGGGCCGGAAAGUCCAGGUCUCCUGAGCCGGGGUAACGUGCCCACAGCACCUUCCCCUCAAGGGGCCGGUUUGAAUCCGGCCCCGCGGGGUCCAGACCCAGGGUCACGUUUUCAAGAGUGCCGAAGGGACAAGCUCCUAAAUCACCUAGUGCUGAGUGUUAACCGCCUCUGGCUCUCCUCUGGCCCCUUCGGGGCUCCUGUAAUGGCCCCAGCCGGCUGAGAGGGGCUCGCCCUGCCACUGCCCAUCUCUACCCGCCCUGGGCCGAGUCUAGCUGGAGCUGGUGGCCUCCCUGAGCAGCCAGAACCCAUCUGCUUUGUCCUCACACAGCCCCUCGCCUGCGCCCCUUCCCCGUCCCUCUCGCCUCCUCUGGCAGCAGUGAUCCCUGGCCCCCUCGUACAGCUCGGCCGGGCUAUGGCCCCGGGGUCUCUCUCCUAAUCCUUGGCCCAAACCAUCGCAUGGCCCACAUGGCCCUCCUGGUAACCGCCAAACCGGUGAUAGGCAAUAGGCGGCCCGCGGGCCAAAUGUGGCCCACCCUGGCUUCCCGGGGGCCCGCCAGCUCCCCUUACAAAACGUGUGUAAUUCAAUCCAGUCCAUGAUGCGCUGCCUUAGCAAGCG